AUUCUUUGGUGUAUGAAGCAAACAUCUUGGACAUGAUUGAGUAUUCCUCAAGGAUGAGGAAUCCUCUACUCAGGUGGAGAAUGACAGAAGAAUGUUAACUUUUAUGGAGCUGACACUGACUCUGCAAAGGACUGGUAUCCUGCCGUUACUGUCUGCGUAUCCAGAGCACGUGCUCUCAGCUCACACUGAGGUGCAUCUUUCCUCAACAUCCUAACAUAUCUUACUGCUAGAACUGAAGUCAGGACAAUGUCUUGCCUCCUUUAAUUGCAGUUUGAAAAGUAAUUUCAGAUAUGGAGGAAUACACCAAAAAGAAGUGGUGAGCAUGCAAAAGCUGCAAGUCGUUUGAUGACUAAAUUGCAUCUCCAUUCUCAUGAGUUCUGAUUUGCUUCUCCUGGAGCCAUGGAUGAAUACAGCCACUUUGUGGACUGGGACAAGAUGGACAGUUCUUUGCAGAGCCACGAUGUGAAGGAGCUGACCUGCCCCGAGCUCUCAGAGCUCAAGCAGCUGGCCCGCCAAGGCUACUGGGCCAAGAACCACUCCCUGAGAGCCAAAGUGUACCACAAGCUUCUCAGCAAUAUCCCAUGCCGUACAGUCACCCCGGAUGCAAACGUGUACCGAGACAUUGUGGUGAAGAUCAUUGGGAAGCGCAGUGGUAGCUCCCUUCCUUUGCCAGAGUUCGUGGAUGACACCCUGGUCCCCACAUACUGCUUGAACGCAGAAGGUAUCGGGGCGGUCAGGAAGAUCAUCCUGUGCAUUGCGAAUCAGUUCCCAGAUAUCUCAUUUUGCCCAGCACUGCCUUCAGUGGUUGCUUUGCUCCUGCACUACAGCAAGGAUGAGGCUGAGUGCUUUGAGCAGGUUUGUCGCAUCCUUGCUUGCAAUGACCCAUCCAAGCGGCUCAUUGACCAGACGUUCUUGGCUUUCGAGUCAUCUUGCAUGACCUUUGGAGACCUGGCAAACAAGUACUGUCAGGCAGCGCAUAAGCUGAUGGUGGCAGUGUCUGAGGACGUGCUGGAGGUAUACUCUGACUGGCAGCGAUGGCUCUUCGGAGAGCUGCCCAUGGUGUAUAUCGCUCGGGUCUUUGAUGUGUUCCUGGUGGAAGGCUACAAAGUUCUCUAUCGCGUGGCACUGGCUCUUCUAAAGAUUUUUCGCAAAGUCAGAGCUGGGCAGCCCAUGAAGUCUGACAGCAUACAGCAGGACAUCCGAGUAUUUGUGAGGGACAUUGCCAAGUCGGUGCCUCCAGAGAAGCUGCUGGAAAAGGCCUUUGCUGUCCGCCUUUUCUCACGGAAGGAGAUCCAGCUGCUGCAGAUGGCCAAUGAGAAGGCUUUGCAGCAGAAGGGCAUCACAGUCAAACAGAAGAGGCAGAAUGUGCAUUUAGCAGUUCAUGCUGAGAACUUCAAGUCUGGAAUUGUCAGCGUGAAAGAGAUGCGAGAUAUCUGGUCAUGGAUCCCAGAGCGGUUUGCACUUUGCCAGCCCCUCUUGCUUUUCACCACUUCGGAACAUGGCUGUAGUCUGAGCAGAUUCUAUUCUCACAGCGAGGGACAUGAACCAACUCUUCUCCUCAUCAAGACCACAGCAAAAGAGGUCUGUGGUGCUUAUCUGUCCACCGACUGGAACGAGCGCAGGCGAGGAGGGAGCACGCUGAGUUUCUUUGGAACUGGGGAAUGCUUUGUGUUUAGGCUGAAGCCAGAAGUUGAACGUUACGAAUGGGUGAUCAUAAAACACCCAGAACUGGCCAAGCCUGGAUCAGAGGCAGAAAAUCACACCUCACCAAGUUCCAGCACCCUCUCUUCCAGCAGUGCCCCAUCACACUCCUCAGAUCACCUUUCUCCUUUCUUAUCAGCUCGGCACUUCAAGUUGCCUUCCAAAACAGCCUCCAUGUUCAUGGCUGGCAGCAGCGAAUGCAUCAUUAUAGGAGGUGGUGAUGGCCAGGCUCUCUACCUCGAUGCAGAUCUGAACCACGGAAGAACCAGCCACUGCAAUACCUUCAAUAAUCAGCCACUGUGCUCUGAAAGCUUCCAGAUCUCUCUCUUGGAGGUGUGGGGCUUCUUGGACACCAUGAAUGGUUGACUGUCAUUAAUCAACUAGAUUUUCAGUUGAUCUAGGAUUCCCAAGGCAAAUUCUAAUGCAGGAGCCAAGUUAGAACACAAUUGCUGCUGGGGUCAGUGGUUUUUAGCCAUUACUAGGUGGUGCACUUGAGUGCAGGGCUUAGUUGUUUACUCUUAUUUUGUUUAAGACAGGCCAAGGUGAAGUAAUGUAUCUGAUUGAUUAACUCCUUUGCUCUUUACCUCUAAAGAUCUGGAUUCAGGUCCUGUUAAUAGAUAAAAUGAAAAAGUAAUGAUUUUAAGCCAUCCUAAAUGGAUACAAGUCCUUAUCAAAAGGGUGGGUUUGUAGUUUGAUGCAACUCCUCAGGGGCCCAGAGAUGGCUGAGGUGUACUGUAGAGCUGUGUGCCACUAGCACCAGUACCUGGCUUGAGCCAGUACUAUCAAAUACGUCUGCUCACAGGGAACAUUGAUGACCUCAGAUUUGAUGUAGAACAGUAGCUCAUGAAAUCACUGCCCUACUAUAAGUAGGGAUUGUGCAGACAAAUCAGCAGCAUUUUGUUAGUUCUGAAAGCCCUUAAUUCCCACAAGAACUGUGAUUGCUCAUUGUCCUUCUCCUUGUAGCUGAAACCUUGACACAUUCUAGUUGCAUCUGUUUGAGAAAUCUGCUUCUGAGAAAGGCAUCCAGACUGGACAACCAUAUCUCUAAUGCUUGAUUUUGUUUACAUUCCUAUUCCAUAUCAGUAUAGUGACUUCAGACUGACUAAUGUGCCAGGCAGCUGAAAGCCAGAGCAGUGCUCAGAAAGUUCCCUUUCUUCAUUGUUCCUGGAAGCUGAGAUGGAGCUUUAAAUCUGAUAUCCCUACAUGUUUGGGGAAUUAGACAUUGUGGUACGGAAGCUUAAUGCUCUCCCCACAAGUAAAUGAAGGGAGGUGGAAGGGAAAUCCUCUGUAUAAUGUUUUUCUGGGAGUGGACAAGCUUCCCAGGAGAACUGUAGGUGACACUGUUUCUCUGUAUCAUGAGUCUUCCCAGUGAUGGUAUCCUGAAAAAGAUAACGCUUUUGGCAGAAAUAUUCUGGCAGGUUUUGGAUGAUGCAAAGAGGCUUUUGCUCAUUCCUGAGACUUCAUACAGCUCUCUCAAGCAUGCCUUGGGCAUGGGAUGUCUGUAGGUAACAGCCCUGUGUCUUCAUUUGAAACUUGUGGUAUCUGCUGUAGAACAACUCCCAUGCAAAGCACAAGUCUGUAAACAUUGAUGGUAGUCCAGAGCAUACAGCAGGAUGCUCUCAAAGCUUCAGUGGGUAAUAUGCUAGUACCUCCACAGGUAAAAUGAAGGGAAGGAAGAAUUUUAUUUUUUUUUUCAGCAGUUCAGCCUAAAAAAUUGUUUUAGAGUGGAGGAAAUGUGAUUACAUGAAGUUCAUUUAUAGUGAUAAAAUCUCAGUGAGGCUGGACAAGGUCAUGUCAGCAUUGAAGGGUGGUGUGAGUCUUGUGUUGCCUUGUUUAGCUUUCCAUCAGUGAAAACACCAAGUGUCUUGGUAAAGUGUUGCCUUUUGUGAAGCACUUGAACAAACUUGGAAAAAAAAUGUGAUUUUCUUCUUCAGGUGCCAUUUUAAACUUUUGUCAAAAUAGCUCUUUGAAAUAUUAAACUGCACGUGUAACAGUUUAAGAUGUCUUUUGCACCACAUAUAUUUGCAGUUAGAUUAUUUCACCCUGUUUGAGUCAGCACACAAGACUCUCUUUCUUUCCCACUGGGUGAGUUCUGUCCAGCUGUCUUUUCAGAGGUUUACCAUAAGUUUAACUGAUCUGCAAGGUAUAAUUCAGUUAUAUUUAAUGUAUUUUGAUGGGGAAGAACUCAAACAGUCAUAUCUGGCUUUUUACAAAUACUGGCUGAUGUUGCCUUCUGUUAUAUUUUCAAAGCUAGUUGUAUCACUUUGCACUUGCUAGGACCCCACAAGCUUCCUCAGACACAAGGAAUCGAACAAAGAAUGUAGCCCAUUUAGUGGAGUCUCUUCCAUGGAGGUGGGAUUUCAGGUUUGUCUGUAUCUGCUCUCUGUGGAGCUUGUCUGAGGUGCCCUUGAAAACCCCAAACACAAUAGCAUUAAUUUUCAGCUUGUUAAAUUGUCAGAUUUCUUCAAACUGUUGGCAGAACUUGUUGCACUCAGAAUGAAUAGGUUUUAUAUGGAAUAUCUCUCCUGCAGCUGGCAGUGAUGAUGGGGUUUUCUCUCCGCACCUCUGUGGGAUGCAGCUAUGUCAAUGAAACCUGAAUGCUAUACCAUGCCUUAGGCCAUAUAUGAGAAACACUGUUCCUUUCCCUGUGCACAGGAGUUUGAGUGUUUAAAAUCAGAAAUAACUCCUGGUUGCUCAGAAAUUCAGUGAGGAUCCAAGGAGCAGCACUGAAAAUAAGUGAGGUUUGGGCAGCUUAGGCCUGGAUGUCUUUCAAAAGUCAGUUACAGGCUUCAGCUCAGCUUCCCUUGUGCCAGAUCAGUCUAACUUCUGACCCCCAAGCAGCAAAGGUCCACAAAAGAGCCCUUUUUGGCAGCUUAUCUAGACAGCCAACCAGUCUUUCACAUGGAUCUUAAAGGUAAAUCUUCAUUCUAAAGACAUUACGGCACUGUGUCUCUCUGUGUGCUUGGGGCACACACUGAGCCCAAUGAGCAGUGACCUCUAUGAGUCUGCAAAUCCCAGCAGGGAGUAAAAGGUGAUCCUCCUCCUGCUGCCUGUUGGGAUUCAUAUCAGGAUUCAUAUCAGUCGUGAGGCACACAUCACAGGGAUGGUUUAAUUUGAUACAGCGCUCCCCUGCUUCAGGCAUCCUGCAGCACUAGUACGUGUGGUUUAAUUCAUUCCUUUAGCAAGAGGAAUUGUAGCUGUGUCACCUUCACACAGUCCUUCUGUUCAGUGAAAAUAGAUAUUCCUUUUCUUGUGCAAAUCCCCAUUAUGGUUGUGAAACAUCUUAGAGGAACAACGGUUUCUUUCCAGUUGUUUUCUGUCUGUAGUUAACAGUUGUCACUGACCAAGUCCAUAUCAAAGUUCAGGUAAUUAAGCGAAGCAUUUGUGUAACAUGCAGAACUCUUGAAGUGGAGACCACAAACUGGUUUUUAAGAGAACGACUACAAUGGGCACCUUGUCAGAAAGUUCAUGUUAUCUCAAGUACCCCAGUGAAGUGCUUUAGUCACCUUGUAACUGGGAACAACUGUUUGUAGGCCUUGUUUGUCGUCCUGCUGGCAGCAGUGACAGCAUCAGCUUCUGCAGUCCUGCAGGAGGGCAUUUGCUUUCCUGAUAAGCCAUUUUUGCUUUGUAAUGUUGUCUUGAAGGCAGAAAAGGCCAGAAAUUCCUGACAUCAGAAACUCUUAUUUAUUGUAAAUGGCAUCUGAACUGUUUCCAGGCCACAGAACUUUCCCCAGCUCUCAGCCAGGCUGGACAGACUUCAUCACUGCACCCAAACUGUCAUUCCUAGGAUCAUGCGCUUUGACAUGCUCCCUGUUCAGAUGAAGCAUUAAUCAGCCUCCUGUUAAUAGAAGCCAGUUAACAAAGGCAAGGGGGAAACUCCCAUCUCCUCUGUGUGGAGAUAACUGAACACAAAUUGGAGGGGCAGGAGCACCGCUCUUUAGAGUUCAACUUCAUGUCAAUGAUAUCUGUGUUUAGCCAUGGCCGGGUGGCACUUGCAGAUUGAUCAACUGCUGGGGUGCAUGUGCAUUGAAAUUGUGUACUUUGUCCUUGAAAAUCCAUCCUCAUUUUUGAUGGGGAGUGAUCUCCUUUGUCCACCAUAGACAGUGGUGCCAUGUCCAGUGAGGACCAAGGGCUGGCUCCUGCAGUCCACAUCCAGAGUGCAAUUGUUGGGUAGAUCAGAGGCCUGGGCACCUGGCUGUUAGUGGUGGAAUGCCUUUCUGCCUGUCUUGAAUUUCAGGCUUUUUAUAGUUGAGAUGAGUGUGUGCAGUAUUUGGGAUGAUGUUUGUCUUCACAUGAGUGGAGUUAUGCUGCUGAAUUGGUUUUCCACCCUAUCAUUAGAAUCACUGCCAUAUAUCAAUGGUAUUUUUGUCAUUGUGCAGAAUCUUGGAUUGUAUUAAAACAUGUUUGACUGUG